AUGGCGGAGGGAAUGCGACCAGACCGAGGAGGGCCUGCGGUUUCGCGGGCCUUGACCGUCCCCGCGAUCAUCACCAGCACCGCCGCCUCCUCCUCCUCCUCCAUUCCAAUCCACGAGACCUCCACCACCAGCACAACAAAUACGAGCAAUAGCCCCACGGUGCUCAAUCGCAGCGAGCAGAGUCCCAAUGCCUCCAAACCCAGCCUGAUCCGCUCUUCGCAAACCUUUCCGAUCGGUAUUCCCUCGGACUUUGCUUCGGCCUCGAACGGACCCCAACAAGAUGGCAAACGAAACUCCCACACCUUGCAGUACCCAAGCAACGGUUCCGUGAGAAACACCGCCUCGUCCCCAUCCGUCUUCCAAUCGACUACCGACUCGAGCGCCAUCGAUCCGUUAUCACAACAUAUCAUCAAGCGCACCAACACCCACAAGUCUAUUCCCUUGAAGCUAUUGGGUAGGGCCUCAUACGAAGCGGAAGUGGGCGGAGGCGAUCAUCGUGGCUCCUUAGACCAUGGCUCAAAUCGAGGAGACGCGAAUGUGCACCCGAAGCCGUCCAAGGAGAAGAAGAAGGGCGUCUCGUUUCUGAGUCGUAUCAUACCCGGAAAAAAGAAGGACCAAUUCAUAGAUAACGAGGACGAUGUCUCUGAGCCCGAAACAACUCGCAUGGAUACCGACACCGCUUCGCAGCCGAUCGGAUUCUUCCCUCGAUUCCCGCCGCCUCCAAAAUACAUUCGCGUAAGAGCCCACAACAAGAAGGAAAAGAUAUUCAGUCGAGUCUUCGUGGCGCAAGAGCUCGAGGGCGCAAUCAGUGCUGCGGGUGGCUCGGUCAAGGAUGACUCCGUGUCAUCCACCGGAGUACUAAACGAGGCCAACACGGGCAAGGCGAUCUGGGCGCUCGUGUUCUCUAAUGAUGGCAAAUACCUGGCAGCUGCUGGUCAAGACAGGAAAGUGCGUGUCUGGCAAGUUGUUGGAUCCCCCGAGGACCGCGACCCGGCCGAUCCGGCAUCGGAUAGCGAUGAUGGUCCUCCCCAGCUGAACGCGCAAGUGUUUAAGUCUCGUCCAGUCCAAGUUUACGAAGGCCACACGGGAAGCGUACUUGACCUCAGCUGGAGCAAGAACAACUUCUUGCUCUCUUCGUCGAUGGACAAGACGGUCCGACUCUGGCAUGUAAGCCGACCCGAGUGUUUAUGCUGCUUCAAGCAUAGCGACUUUGUUACGUCGAUCCAAUUUCACCCACGAGAUGAUCGGUUUUUCCUCGCAGGAUCACUAGACACCAAACUGCGGCUAUGGAGUAUCCCCGAUAAGAGUGUGGCGUUUGUAGCGACCGUCCCCGAUAUGAUCACGGCUGUUGCCUUUACACCCGAUGGACGGCACUCCAUCGCCGGAAGCCUCAACGGGCUGUGUAAUAUAUACGAGACAGAUGGAUUAAAGGCUGUGGGGCAGAUUCAUGUUCGCUCCGCACGCGGUCGCAACGCCAAGGGCAGCAAGAUCACUGGUAUCGAUACUAUGACCUUGCCAUGCAACGACCCCUAUGGCGAGGUCAAGCUUUUGAUCACCAGCAACGACUCUCGGAUACGGCUAUACAACUUUCGCGACAGAACGUUAGAGGCCAAGUUCCGCGGUAAUGAAAACACUUGCAGUCAGAUCCGCGCGUCUUUCAGCAAUGAUGGGAAACAUAUCAUUUGCGGCAGCGAAGAUCGCCGCACGUACCUAUGGCCGGUAGAUUCGUUCGAGAAGGACUCCGACAAGCGGGCCGUCGAGGUGUUCGAUACUCAUUCGGCCAUGGUCACGGCCGCCAUCAUGGCCCCCACGAAAACGAAACAGGUACUGGGACUCGCCGAGGAUCCGAUCUUCGACGUAUGUAACCCGCCUCCGGUGACUCUAAUCAGCCAGGCAGACCGGGAGAACGGGCGGGCGCAUCCUAAUUCCGGAGCCAGCAAGUUGGCGCAAGAGUCGCCGGCGUAUCUGGCUCGGUCGACGCAUCCGGACGGGAACAUCAUGAUCGUGGCCGAUUACUCCGGCAAGAUCCAGGUUCUGCGCCAGGACUGUGCCUACCAGAAACGGCGGUACGACAACUGGGAUGCGCACAGCACGAUCUCCCGCAAGAUUCUCCGGCGCACCAACUCGGCCCGCCACAGUAUCGCAUCCUCCACCGGGAAGGAUUCCACGCACAAGACGCCAUCCGAGCGCAUCAUCUCCUGGCGCAACUCGGUCAUUCGUCACGGUACAAGCAACAGCCGGUCGGGAAUGCGGACCCCGCGCACUCGCAGUCCCUCCCCGCACAAGUCGAUCCGCGACGGGCCAUCGGGGCAUGCGAGCCCGGGCCGCGCGUCCUUCAACGCGGCACGAUUGGACUCCCGGUCGAUGUUCACCACCUCGCCACCCCAAUCCGCCUACAAACAGUCCAUGGAGAGCGGUCGGUCCAGCGCCGAGACCUCCCGCAUUCUCGCCAGGGGCAUUGAGGGGCAGCAGACGCCCCCGGCGUCGACGACCACGUUCGUCAAGAGGGAGGACAAAGACAACCCGCUGUGGCUGCAGGGCGAACAAAGCUACGCGUUCUACAACAAGAUCGCGCGCGACGCGCUUGCGAUGCGGAAGAAGCGCAAGCCCAGCAGCGGCAGCGGGCUACCCAGCCCGAACCACCUGGCGGUUCCUGGAGAGCGCAACAUGAGCCUGGGGAGUGCCUUGAGCAGCGACUAUGGGUCGUCCAACGGCGAUGGCGAGGACGGCGAAGUGCUCCGGUGCGAGAACUGCGCAGGCACCAAUUUCCGAGCGACCAAGGGGCGCAAUGGGAGACAGCGGCUGGUUUGCGUGCGAUGCGCCCAGCCGAUCGCAUAG